GGAAAUGACCUUUCACCGAAUCAGGAAGUAAACAAAGAUGGCAGACUGGAAUAGAGGCCAUGGCGCGGUUGAUGACAUGUUGGACGCCGAAAAUAAGCUGCUGGCGGAUAACCUGGCCACCAAAGUCUCCAGGCUGAAAUCACUGGCCUAUGACAUUGACAAAGAGGCAGAAGAGCAGAAUUCGUAUCUGGACGGGAUGGAUUCCAACUUUCUGAGCGCUACAGGACUAUUGACCGGAAGUGUGAAAAGGUUCUCCACCAUGGUGCGCUCUGGCCGGGACAAUCGCAAGCUAAUGUGCUACGUGUCUGCGGGCCUGGUGAUCGGCUUCAUCCUGCUCUACUAUGCGAUCUCCAGAGCCCAGACAUAAGGAAAGCACGUCUGAGGAAUAUAGGUCAUGAUUUCACUCCUACUUAGACAAUGGAGUGGUGAGUUAAUUUCUCAGUUGUAUGGGAAUUGUACUUUCACCACCCCCCACCCCUCCAAAAACAGCAUGUUUUCUUGUUUCCACUCUAAGAGAGCAUAUGAUUGAUUAUCCUCCUUAGGGACAGAUUGUUACUGAGCCCAGUGUCUUGAGCAGUCACCUGUGUGUUGUCAAGUAGGUGGAGAAGACUUAAAGAGUCCCACACUGUGACCCCCAUUUAAUGUGUAGUUCAAUUUCCCAAGCUGACAGCAAAAGAAUCGGAACAUCCUUCCACAUUCUGAGUUGUCCCUGUUCCUGUAAUUAUGUGGUGGAAAUGAUUCUGAUGGGGGCUCCUGAGUGGCGUCGUACCACUGCUAAUUAAGGCGCUUCUGAGCCCGGCCUGGCGUGGUCCAGCCUGGCCCACUGUCAUGCUCUGGUACUGAUCGGGCGCUUACAGGUUGGUCAGCUGACAUAAGGCAUAAGUGCCUAUUCUCCAUUUGGUGUCUGCUCUCCUGGUACUCUGUGGGACCUGUCGUGUAAAAAUUACCCGCUGGUUGUAUUCUAGUAUAUUGUAGGGUUGCACUUGUGGGGCUUCAGUGCUUGUGGCAGUUCUAACUCAUCAGAAAGGUCACAGCUGAGAGACGGGUAGAGUUCAGCAUUGCAUUUUACACUCCUGAAUGAUAGAUGCAGUAGAGGUCAACCAGUAUUGAUUUUUCAAAGCUGAUAAUAAUAUUUUUGAUAGCCGGAAGGGUGAUAGACUGAUAUUAUGUGAUAUUCUUUUUUUUUUUUCAUUUUAAACUUAAGUCUUGACAUUCCUUUACUUCAAAUCCAGGCAUUAACCAUGCUCAUGCAGUGUGCUGUUAUAAAGAAUUUUCAGACAGCUUCCUGACUGGAACCACAGUGAAACCUACCAAGGGAUUAUGAAAUCUCCUUGUACACCAGAUGCUAACACUGGUGAUGUAAACAUGUUUUAAGUUCCAGACAUGGGUGCAGGAUAACAUUUAUAGCAUUAUAUUUUGAUAUAAAUGCAUUAUGACAUUACUUCUGACCAUUGUGAUUUUUGAAAAACACGUAAAAUAUACUGUUGCUUUAUGAAAUGCCAGCAUUUUGAAAAUAUUACUGAUUUUUACUUAUUUGUUCAAAAAACGUUACUUGCGUACCUUGCAUUCCUUGAAUUAAAUUAUUUUUUUGAUAGUUUAUCUGUAAAUUCUAUCAAUAGUUUUGGAGACCAGUGUACAAAGUGCAACAAUAUAUUAUAUUGUGCAGACUCAGAACAUGACUAGACACUGACCAAACAUGAGAGAGAUAAUGGUAGGAAGAGGUACAUCUAGUGGAUACACAAUUGUUUGCUUGGAGGUAAUGGUUAACGUAAUCUGAUUGUUCACAGGCAAAUACACUAAUCCCUAUAUAUGGUUAGACUGGACUGAUAAUGGAGGCAGAUCAUUAAAUUGUUUCUCAAUUA